GGGACCGAUCCGAUACGCAGUUGUCUUCAGUGUCGCGCCAACAGCCGCGCGGUCUACGUGGGUGUGUGGUGUUCAGUCGGUCCACGCGCAUGUUUCCACGGUCUUCCUGUUUUUAUCAGUUAACAUAACUGCACCAAAACGAGCUGAGUAGAUCGAUGCGAUUCGAUGGGACGCGUUACCAACGCGCGUGUCAGUCAAAUUCGACGUCGUGACGUCGAAACAUCAAAUGGACAAACGUUCGAUUUUUCUGUGAUUAUUUGCUGAAAAACGAGCUUCCCUUCAUGGUGCUCGCGGGUUCGAGGAGACGACGUCCAAGUCGAACGAGCAGCUUUAUGUAAUACCGUGUGACCUAGAAAAAGGACUGAACGAUGCGAACCGCUGGAGUGAUUAGAUAAAACCGGGACAGAACAGCUUUCGGUAUACGGUGGAUAGGUGAAAUUCUGUGAACGAUCGACGCUGGGAAUCUAACGCUCGACGCGCAUGAUAACGCAAUAUACGGACUUCCAUUGUACCGCACGUUCUGUUUGCGCGUCGCGGGGACAAAGUAGUGAACGUGUGCCCGUGCGCACGUACAUACAUGAAAUAAAUAUAUAAGAGGCAUGUUGUGUCAUACAAAGUGUUCUUAACUGGUUAAUGGGUUUCCUCGAGUGAAAAUAAGCCGAGGCCAAUUCGUCGGGGAUCGUGGACAACGUUUCGACGUGAUGAAGAGGAGAAAGCCAAGAUGUUGAGAGCUGGAUCUAUAUUGGGCGUGCUGGUCCUGUUGACCAUCGCGAAGAUCGCCGUCUCGAGUCGAUGUUUAACGAUGCUCGAAGAGAUGAAUCCGAAGCGAGUAGUUCAACUAGAUGGACAGCCGUUGACUAUUAACUUCGAGGUAUCCCGCCGAGUGACCCAAAGGUUGGCCACGAUAAUUAUGAAGAUCUUCUUAACGGAGGUACUCGGUUAUUCCGGAGUGUCUAUCUUUGAAAUGGAGGACGAGUUCAAAGUAGACGACACUUUCAGGAGACUAUCCGACGACGUAAUCUUUGGUGGCCAGCAAAGACUUCCAAUGGUGAACAUGGAGGUGUGGAUUCCACCACAGCUGGACACGAUGCCUCUAUUAACUUCGCACGACGUUAAGGAAUGCGGAUCCAUCGCGCCGCCAGGUCAUUUCGGUUGGUUCGUCCCCGCUGCGUUAUCUAGGCUGCACGACAGUUGGAUAACGUUCACGAAACGCGAGACAGCGGCUCGUUUCGCGGUGGACGAGCGGACGUUGGAGAGCGUCCGAAAUUUCACGACAGACCCGGAGACGAGAACGCAUUAUUGCAAUGAAUCGUUCUGUCAGCGAGGGAUGUACGUUCCCGACUGGUGCCAGAACGAAACGUGCGCUCUGCUGUUGACCAGCUAUCCCGACGCGACCGAUUUCGUGAGGAGCCACAUCGAGGAGAUGAGACUGUACGUGAAAGUCGCUUGGGUUGGCUCGAACUUGAAGUACCUGUCCGAAACCUUGACCGAGGAACUGUCGACCGAUCGAAACGUGACCGACAGAUCUCUCGUGAUGCUGCACUGGACUCCGAGCACCGUGAUCCCGAACGAAAGAGCCUUCAACACCAUCCCGUUCCCACGUUGCGGCAUGAACGGUUCACAGAUCGGCUGUAAAUACGAAUCGAACAGAUUGAUCAAACUGGUCUGGAACAGAUUAGAGAUCGCUGCGAGAUUGGCGUUCGAGGCGAUUAAUCACGCGAAGUUCACGGGUGAGAUGUACGAGGAUCUGAUUGAUCGUCAUAAUAGGUUGAAGUACGAAACUGGGAGCGUGGACGAGGAGGACGUCGCGUGUAGCUGGUUGAAGGAUAAUCUGAAUUACACCCUCGAAACGUGGAUGCCAAGUAACGCGGACAAGAACACGUUGUUCGUCGGUGGUAUAUUCCCGAUGAACGAAGCGUUCUAUUCAGGAAAAUCCAUACUGAUCGCUUCAAAAAUGGCCAAGGACGCCAUCAACGUGAACAACACUAUCCUCAGAGAUUACAAUUUCACGUUAUUGGUGAACGACGGCCAGUGUAAAUCCGACAUGGUGAUGAGGUCGUUCAUCGACUACAUAGUUUAUAAUCAAUACGAGAAGUUGGUCGGCGUUUUGGGGCCAGCCUGUUCGGAAACUGUUGAGCCUCUGGUCGGAGUUUCAAAGCACUAUAAAACCGUGGUCAUCAGCUACAGUGCCGAGGGUUCUACGUUCAACGAUCGUACCAAAUACCCUUACUUCUUCCGGACUAUCGGUGAAAACAAGCAGUACAGGCACGUCUACUUGCAGCUGUUGAAAAAAUUAGGAUGGACCAGAGUGGCGUCGUUGGCCGAGGACGGGCAGAAGUAUACAGAAUAUAUAUCCUACAUGCAAGACAUGUUCAGGGAUAAUGGGAUUGUGUUCGUGGCGAACGCGAAAUUCCCGAAGGAACGAGAGGCCGACGCGAUGACCAAGUAUUUGCAGGACUUGAAACAGAAGAAGGCGAAGAUCAUUAUCGCCGAUAUAUAUGAUCAAGUGGCUCGACAAGUGAUGUGCGAGGCGUACAGAUUGGAAAUGACCGCGGUACAAGGUUACGUGUGGUUCCUACCCCUUUGGCUGCGGCCAGAAUGGUACGACACCGAUCAAUAUAAUAAAGACGGCGAACAGGUACCGUGUACUACCGCGGAAAUGAACAAAGCGAUAAACGGUCAUUUAAGCUUGUCGCACGCUUAUUUCGCCCCUGACGACGAUAUCAUGCAAGAGGGUAUAACGGUUCGUCAGUGGCGCGAUCGUUACGAGCUCGAUUGCAAACAGAGAAAUCAGCCGCCGUCGAAUUACGCUGGCUUCGCGUAUGAUGCUAUGUGGACGUACGCGUACGCGAUGGAUCGCCUCCUCCGAGAGAAUCAGAGCUAUGUGUUCGAUCUCCACAGCGAACAGACUGUUACCCGAUUGACGGAUAUCAUUGGUGAAACGGAUUUCUACGGGGUAUCAGGGAGAAUUAAAUUCUACGGUGGUCCCUCGAGACACUCGGUAAUCAACAUUGUACAAUUCGUUAACAACGAGACCCGGUUGAUCGGCAACUUCUAUCCGAACGUUUCGGAAACGAGACACGAAGUAGUGGGUGGAAGACUGGAUCUGAACAUGUCCGCCCUCGUCUGGUUGUCGGACAAGAUGCCUGACGAUGGCUCAGAGCCACCUCAGCGGUGCGUCAUCGCCGCCUUCGCCGAUUUCUUGGACGUCUCUUGCGAAUUCGCAUUCGUGAUCGUUAACUUGCUAGGAGUUGGUGUACUGGGGAUGUUGCUGAUCAUCGCGUUCAUCAUCAUUAAGAAGAAGUACGAAAAGAAAGUGCGUUUGCACGAGAAGUACAUGAAGUCCCUGGGCCUGGGCUACCCCCAGGACGAUCUGGAUAAGUGGGAAAUACCUAGAGACAGAGUCGUCAUUAACCGGAAAUUAGGAGAGGGUGCCUUCGGAACGGUUUACGGUGGCGAGGCGUUCUUCCCUGACAAAGGCUGGCUGGCGGUGGCCGUGAAAACUCUGAAACUCGGUAGCUCCACCGAAGAGAAACUGGACUUCCUCAGCGAGGUGGAAGUAAUGAAAAGAUUCGAGCACAAGAACAUAAUUAAACUGUUGGGCGUUUGCAUCAAGGGUGACCCUGUUUUGACAGUUAUGGAGUUUAUGCUUUACGGCGAUUUGAAGACGUAUCUGCUGGGCAGAAGACACUUGGUGAACGACCAUAAUUACGAAGACUCGGACGAGAUCUCUAACAAAAAACUGACCGCCAUGGCGUUAGACGUGGCCAGGGCGCUCAGUUAUUUGGCUCAACUGAAGUACGUUCACAGAGACGUCGCUUCGCGCAAUUGUUUGCUGAACGCCCAGAGGAUAGUGAAGCUCGGCGACUUCGGUAUGACGCGACCGAUGUACGAGAACGAUUAUUACAAAUUUAAUCGAAGAGGCAUGCUGCCCGUAAGAUGGAUGGCUCCAGAGUCUCUGGGCCUCGGAAUUUUCACUCCAGCCUCCGAUGUCUGGUCCUACGGCGUUCUACUUUACGAGAUUAUUACGUUCGGAAGCUUCCCAUUCCAAGGGAUGAGCAACAACGAAGUGCUGACGCACGUCAAGGCUGGAAAUUCGUUAGUCGUUCCCAAAGGAAUAAAACCGCUGUUAGAGAAUCUGAUUUACUCUUGCUGGAGAGUAGACCACACGAAGAGGCCGACGGCUCCGGACAUCGUCGACUUCUUAGCCAAGAACCCUCAGAUCUUAGCUCCGUGUUUAGACGUUCCUUUGGCCAGCGUUCAGAUCGAGCACACCGGGCAAAUAGAACUGCAGCUUACGGAGAAUAUAAGAAAGUUCUCGUUGUCCUGGCCGCCACAGAAUCCGUCUACGACUCGGUCCUCGACGUCGACGAGCCCCAUAGGACUGCCUCCUCCUCUACUGGACAUCAACGGGCAGGACGACAAACAGAAUCAGGACUCGUUGUUGAGCGACGUGAUCGGCGAUUUAGACAGUUCCAGGCCACUCCUGUUGAACUCCGAUGAAUUUUUCCCGGGGUCGCCGGUGGCCGUGCAAUCUCCGAAACGCAAAGACGAUCUCGCGCACAGAUACGUGAACGUUCAACCAGGCAUUUCACCCGGUCACGACUACAAAGGUCAGAACGGUGGAAGUAUUCAACUGCAGGAGAGGAACGUUAAGUUGCCGGAGAAAAAUAAUUCAGAGGCAAUGUCGAUUCUUUGACGGCAGCACAAGCGCGCGAUUCCGCGACGGAAAUCGAUGAUAAAUUUCCAUAGACACGCCGAAGGCAUAUUUGAAAAAUAUGCAAAUGAGAUCUCGAGCGUUUGAGUCCUUCGAGGAGGACAGAUAGUCGGACGAAGAGCAAAGAGCAGCUGGCGCGAGUCCUCGGCCGGAGAGUAAGUGGAACCUCGCGUCGACGAGGGUUCGCGGUUUCUUCUGUUUUCGUUUAAUAAUGCGAAUGAACGCGCUGUUGGAUCGUUCGAUUUAUCUGGAGAUUAAUAUCCUGCCGAUUUAACUAUGAUAAUGGAAGUCUACACUAUCGUAGGUACCAGUGACCUGGUUGGUGCAAUCAGCGAAAAUACCGUUUUGAGUCUGAGAAUGAAAACUGGUUCCGUAAAUUUUCGCUCAAUCCACUUUUUUUGAGACUGAUACGCUUAUCGUUAGAGAAAUUAAGUUACUUCUUAGCCCUUUCUUUCCCAAAUCGUUCCCUGCCCAACGCGAGUCGACGCUCCUAUUUUACCACUGAACCUCGAGACGUUUACCAUUUACAAACCAUUUGGUAGAAUGAUCGCAAGAAUUGGGGAAGGUGAUUGACGAUAGCAGUUUUACGGAGAUUUUGCUCGUCGCCGGGAAAAAAGAGAUAUUGCCGAAGAUUCAACUGUAAUAAAUAAAAAGUACAGAGGAAACAAUUAAUAUUCACGAAAGAAAUUCAAAAUAUCGAAUUUACAUGUAAAAAUAAGGGUACGCGGUGCUCGACGGCAAUGCUGCCCCCUGACGCGUAUAGACGCGUAUAUACGCGAGAUAAACAGACACGUAGAUAGUCAGAUAAAUAGGAUGAGAAUUUUCUCUUCCAAGAGUGAAAGUAUUUUGAUAAACGUUUCUCAAAAUAGAAAUUUCCAUUGCCCUAGUGUCCAGUAAUAAACGACAUUGAUAAGAAUGUUUUUCUAUGUAUGCACGGGUAUAUAUGUAUGUAUGCGGUCAGUGAAGUGAAGAGCUAGACUAGACGAACGGGCAUAGUCAUCUCCGCGCACCAAGAUAAGCAGCAUUUCUCUGUCCAAAAGCUGUCGUCGAUUCUCGAAACUUUAUUUGAGACACACCCUUCGAGCAAUCAUUCGACGCUAUCGAGUAGGCGCAUUUUGAAACCGAAUAGGAACCGAGCAAUACUUUACACGCGAACUAGUAUCCACGUUCUCACGUACGUGUAACCAUGACAUUUACUAUAUAGCAAACGUAUAUAUUUUACGAAAUUACCAUUCGCGAAAUAACGAAACGAUCGAACGCAUCUGGUAAAUAUAUUUUUUGACUAUUAUACAAUCCAUUUUGCGAUGCGAACCCAAUCGCCACUGUUUGUAACACUCGAUCCUCGCUAGAGUUAGCACAGGUUGAAAAGCGGUCACUACAAACGUGGUCAUUAUUACGUACAGUAUAUCACGUAUCGCGACUAUUUAUUCACAUAGGCAGAGAAACUUUGACUUCCUUGUAAAGCUAAUAUUUAAUACAGAUGUAUAUACAUGUGUAUAUGUUAAGUCGAUCUCGUCGCGAGCAUCGCAAGCAAUUUAUUUUCAUUCAUAAGAUAGAGAUAUGUACAUACAUACACGUGGCUCGCGGCGAGGGAACAGUUCUCUAGAUGCGCAAUAACAUUUUACGUUGUACGUACGAACAAGUUGUUAAAAUUUAUGUCACAGCGGAUAGACCCACAGAUCAAGGCAAUCGAUUGUAGGAAAUAAUCAAAGAUACAAGAAAGUGGAUACACGAAA